AUGGCUCAGACCGUGAAUUUGUACGCCUGGAUUUCAGCCGGAUACACCAAUUGCAGUGUCGUUUGUGGUGAAGGGUAUAAGGACAGCAUAAUUCAUUGUCAAAACCGCCGAACCGGUGAUUACGUAGACGAAAUACAUUGCAUUGAUUUGACAAAGCCACCAAUAAAAACUGUCAUAUGUAGGAGCCCGCGAAGAUGUCCGCCAAUUUGGAAAGCAUACCAGCCGGACAACUCCUCCUCAUGUUCGAGCACGUGUAUCGGGGGCAUAAUCUCCCGCCGUGUUGAGUGCAUGUACACGGAUAGGAUCAAUUUUGACGAGGUGGCACCGCGUCACAGGUGUAAUUCCACUUUCCGACCCAGUAAUGUUAUUCCGUGUAAUGAAAAUGUUCCCUGUAGGCCCGAAUGGCUUGCCAGGUCCUGGUCUGAAUGUUCGACGACGUGCGGGCCAGGCGUUCAACACCGACUGAUACUAUGUUCGGUUAGGACAUCUCAUUUCGAUUCGAAGAUCAUCGACAACAAGAUAUGCGCCGAAUCGAUAGCCGGUGAGUCACCACCGACUUCUCAAGAAUGUAUCACCAGGUCUUGCACGCCUCUCAAAGUGAGACCAUUCGAUCAUUUGUUAAUUCUGUUAGAAAAGCGUGACAUCUCUAUAAAAGCCGGUACAAACAUCAUCUUAUUCCCCGGUAGUAGUUUAAAAAUUUUUUGCCCGACAUCCAAAAACGUAAAAUGGAAAAAGGACAAUGAAACUAUUACGAGGAGUGCCAGCGUUAAAAUCCCACAUCCUCCCCUCUUACACAUAACGGACGUUGGACGAACCCACGCGGGUCGCUACGUUUGUGGGAGGCCGAAGGAAAAUUACACAACCACACUCUAUGUCCACUCUGAAGCGGACAUUGUUGCCGGUGAUUUCGGACUACUCCCGCCAGAUGAUUUUCAAUCAAUCAUCGCGAACACAAAAGAACUAUUCGACGACGUAUAUCGAAGUACAGUAACGUUCUUCAAGUUACUUCGCCACCAACAUUCUGCCGAACUACCAAUUCGAUACGUUACAUCAGUCUGGAGUGGCUGUUCUCUGCCCUGUGGAGGACACGGGGUUCAAAGCAGGGAUAUCCAAUGUGCCGUUGUCCUCGAGUCUUUUAUGCUGACCAUUCAUGAAGAUUAUUGCAUCGAGGGUGACCAGAUGAAGCCAAUGGAGUCGCAGGAUUGUGGAUUUCAUGAAUGUCCAAUCUGGUUCGUCGGAGAGUGGUCGCAGUGCCCCUCCGAAACGUGUAAUGAGACAGCAGCGGUUUCGAGAAACAGAUCAGUAACGUGCCAAUACACGAAUGCAACGCUGGCCCCGGAUGACAUGUGCCAGGGUAGGAAACCUCAUUCAGAAGAAAUCUGCAAACAAGUUCCAUGCAAACCUCAGUGGAGAAUUUUGUCAUGGAGUAAGUGUUACGGAAAAUGCUGGAAAAAAGGCUUCAGAAUAGCAUCUUUGGCAUGUUUCUCAGGCGAAGCGAAGGUUAAAGAACGUGAUUGUUACUCUGUGGAGAGGCCACCGAUUACUAUGAGUUGCGUCAGAAAAUGCGAUAUAUGCGAUAACCUCUCGAAGCGAUGUCACAACGUACUGAAGAUGAAACUCUGUAAAUACGAAUCUGUGAUGAGGGAAUGUUGUUUUACCUGCUUAUACUCGCAUUUGUUUCACAACCAAGUCGAAGUUCACCGAUAAAUUCAGUUUUUUAAACAAUAAUUGAACUAUAUACAGACACAAUAGUAAUUAGCCUGGCUAAUUUUAGUAGAGGAAUUAACUUAACGUCGAAUCCCAGAUCGUCAUGCGACAGCAAGCAAACGGUAUUCAACUGCUACCUAUUUAUAGUACAAUAAAUGUAAGACCAGAACUCUCUCACACACACACACACACAAACACAAAUCGAUUUACUGCAUUGUAUACACAAUUAACUAAACGUCUUUCUGAACUUCUUUCUACAGAAAUUUUAUUUCAUUAAUUAACCAUCAUUUUCCGAAAGAUUUUUUUUUUAAAAACAAAUUAAUUUUUUUUAAACAUCAUCGUCAAUAUAUGUCUUUCAAAAUUUUUACCUUUCAUCUGUUUUAUAAUUUGAAUAAAAUUACUCUUUUAACAUC